ACAGCAGAGCUAUUAGCGCUUAGCUGAACAAGUGUAGACAGAAGACAACAACAACAGCAUGAUCCCGGCCAAACGCCAGGCUGAUGGACUAGUAGGCCAGCUAUGGACCCCGAUAACGAGUAUCAGUACAUGGCAACAAAAGUGUGGCUCUUACUGACUAGUCAUCUGGCUCGAUGAGGAGGUUGAUUUUAUUGCUAAACGUCCAGUAAGGUGCUCAUUGUUUCUCUGUGUUUUAAAAUAUACUGCUGCUAAAUAUCUCGAGUCUAUGUGCGAGUGUCUUCCGGCGGGAGCAGCAGCAGCAGCGGUGCCAUGAACAGUGGACUCCCAGCUUCAGCUGCUCCGCUCGGGGGUGUCGGAAUACCCGGUGUGAAGGUGAAAUUCUGCCGUUAUUAUGCGAAAGACAAGACUUGUUUUUACGGAGAUGAAUGCCAGUUUCUGCACGAGGACCCGUCCAUGGCGAGCCUUUCUCUGCACGGUGGUGGUACAGGUGCUGGCGGAGGAGGAAGCCCCGUCUCUUUAUCUCUCGCCGGAGGAGCAGUGACGGCGGCGGGAUACGUGCUCGGAAGUAGCGCGGCCAGCGGCGCUCCGGCAAACGUUCCCAAAAAGAACGAUUCUCUCGGUCCCGCGGGAACAGCUCUGGAGGGACAGCUGUUGUCCAUCCCUGGGAUGGAGGGAGGUGCUCUGAAUGAUGCCAGUCUGACCAACUCGUACUUCAGCAGCACCUUUAUUGGGGUCAAUGGGUUUGGAGGCCCAGCAGAGUCCAAAUAUUCAAUGAUGCAGAGGAUGACCAUCAGUAGCAGUUCUCCGAGUCUGCUGAACGAUGGUGCCAAGAGCUUCAGCCACAACACACAUGAUCCAGUAAAUUCCCCAGCGUCAUCUCUCUUCAGUGAUUUUGGUGCUUUAAGCAUAUCACAAAGGAGAAAGGCUCCUAACCCCACAGCCAGUGAGUUUGUACCUAAAGGGGCCCCACGGAUGGCCUCCAUGUCUCAGACGACCGUGCCAGCAGCAUUCGCCUCCCCCAUCUUCCCUCAUCCUGGCUUGAGCAGCUCCACAGCGGCUGCUCUUGCACCUGGUAUGUCACUCUCUGCUGGGUCAUCUCCUCUUCACUCCCCCAAAAUCACCCCUCACACCUCUCCAGCCCCACGGCGGCGCAGUCACACACCCAACCCCAACCCAGCCAAUUACAUGGUGCCCACCAGUGCAUCUGAUCAGGGAGGUGCAGCCCACGUGAUUCAAAAGGAGACUGUGGGUGGGACAACUUACUUCUAUACCGACAACACCCCUGCUCCUUUGGCCGGAAUGGUGUUCCCAACAUAUCACAUGUAUCCGCAAACGGCACCUCAUGUGGCAUACAUGCAGCCAAAAGCCAAUGCACCAUCCUUCUUUAUGGCUGACGAACUUCGACAGGAGCUGAUUAACAGGCAUUUGAUAACGAUGGCACGGAUAGAUCAGUCUGAGAACCUUGGAGUGCCGUCUGAGGUAGACAGUUACCACAGCCUCUUUCCCCUGGAGCCCCUUCCCCCACCAAACCGUCUUCAGAAAACCAGCAACUUCAGUUACAUCACUUCCUGUUACAAGGCAGUCAACAGCAAAGAUGACCUGCCUUACUGCCUCAGGAGGAUACAUGGCUUCAGGCUGGUCAACACCAAGUGUAUGAUGCUGGUAGACAUGUGGAAGAAGAUUCAGCACUCCAAUACUGUGACCCUCCGAGAGGUCUUCACCACCAAAGCAUUUGGAGACCACUCACUGGUAUUUUCCUAUGACUGGCAGCAUGAGCUCCCUCCUCCACGGCAGCAUGCGGGCCUGUUACCGGAGUCGCUGAUUUGGGCCUACAUUGUCCAGCUGAGCUCGGCAUUGCGCACCAUUCACACGGCUGGGCUGGCCUGCAGGGUCAUGGACCCUAGUAAGAUCCUCAUCACUGGAAAGACACGGUUACGAGUCAACUGUGUAGGAAUGUUUGAUGUCUUAACAUUUGACAAUAGUCAGACCAACCACCUGGCGCUGAUGCCCCAGUACCAGCAAGCAGAUCUCAUCUCCCUGGGGAAGGUGGUGUUGGCUCUGGCGUGUAACUCUCUAGCUGGCAUUAAGAGAGAAAAUUUGCAGAAGGCCAUGGAGCUGGUGUCAAUCAACUACUCAUCUGACCUCAAGAACCUCAUUCUGUACCUGCUCUCGGAACAAAGCCGUCUGCGCAGUGUCAAUGACAUUAUGCCCAUGAUUGGAGCACGAUUUUACACUCAACUCGAUGCCUCGCAAAUGAGAAACGAUGUCAUUGAAGAGGACCUGGCCAAGGAGGUUCAAAAUGGACGAUUGUUCCGCCUACUGGCAAAGUUGGGAACGAUCAACGAGAGACCAGAGUUCCAGAAGGACCCAACGUGGUCUGAGACUGGUGACCGUUAUCUGCUGAAGCUCUUCAGAGAUCACCUGUUCCACCAGGUAACUGAGGCAGGCACGCCCUGGAUCGACCUCAGCCACAUUGUGUCCUGCCUCAAUAAGUUGGAUGCUGGAGCACCGGAGAAGGUCAGUCUGGUGUCACGGGAUGAGAAGAGCGUGCUUGUGGUGACUUACUCAGACCUAAAGCGGUGCUUUGAGAGCACCUUCCAGGAACUGCUGGCCGCCACGAACGGUCCCCUGUAACCCCCAGCCAUCCACAAGAGUGGGCUGGAACUGCCUGAAACAGAGCACAUUGCACUACAGCCUGGAAUCAUAGGUGCAGAAUGAUGAUCUCACGACCAGGGCGGAGCCAGCUGGCUGCUCACCUCCAGUCAAAUACACUGUUCUGUCCAGAAAAAAAGUUGUUUUCUAAAACUUAUUUUUUUAGUUUUCACAACAACACCACAGCUGCAGAAUUAUGAACUGAACUGAGAGCUGUGAUGAUGAUUUUUUUUUUUUAGACUUGGGAACAAUGUCCAAAAAAUAAGAGACUUCCUGCUUUUAUUUUUAUUUUUUUUCUUUGGAGGAUGCACUAAACAUUUUAAGUUUAUUUUUAAGUGAUUGUGCGUGUCCCACAGGGUGCGUUGAGGACCGGGGUCUCACACAUGAAAUUAGAAGAAAAACAGAGCGCCGUUUUUCCACAUCAUCUCCUUGUGCAUUUUUAAUGAGGUACUAGAAAUGGGAACAGACCACUGGUCAUGUGUGCAGAGUCCUCUGCUCUGAUGGGACAAACUGAUGAGACUGACCACUUAUGAAUGUGUGGCAUGAGUAGUACCGUGCCACCACUCCUUGUCUGCUGUAAUGACCCAUUUAAAUGUUGGCCAACUUGGAGGCGGGAGGGGAAGUAACUGGUUGCGUGCAGUCGAGGGGGAUUCCAUGACAAAAGGGGUGCUCUCUCCUCUUGCUGUGUAAACUUGUCGUUUAUUUCAGAAUUUCGCAACAUCCUUUUUCGUUUUAUGGAUGCUUUUUGAAAUCGGAUUUUGAGAGGAUGGAUUUUUGUUGUCGUUUCUUUUUUUCUUUUUCUUUUUUUAAGUCAAGCUUUUGUGAUAGGAACCAAAGAACUGGACCACGCUAGCAAGGGAAACCAGUUCUGUCUCAUUGUGGAAUGUCGUGGAAUGUCCUCUAAUGCCUCUGUUGUGGAGCAUCCCAAGUUUCUGUCCAGUUUGUCAUUCUUUUCCCUAAUUCGUUCUCAUUUUCCCACUCUCCACGCUUGUAUUGGUUUGGAUAUAGUGAAUCUCAGUAGAGCUCUCUUGUGUUGUUACUGUCUUUCCCUUUCCUCACCAAGUUGUUGUACAGAGAUGCAUGAUGGGAUGUUUCUCACCUCACUAGUGUGAUCUCUGUGGACCAAUCCCAGCAGGAUGUUGGGAUUGUAUUGGUUUCGUUUUUGUUUAACUAUGAUUUGACCUACAAAUUAUGUGACGACAUCCAGAAAAAUAGUUUGGAAUUUGCUCAGGUUGAUCCCUGACAGGAAUAUGCCAAUGACUGAAUGUGUCUGACCUGUCAUUGGUAACUGCCCAAUCCGUGAGUCAAGGAACAGGUGGGACUUGCAGCUCAGAUUUGGGUGUGCCACACUGGACUGAGAGGGUGCAGGAUACAGCAGGCAGAGCUGAGGAUGCUGUAAGUUCAGUAAUGUACUUUUUCCCUCUUCUUUUUUAUUUUAGUCAACUGAUAAGUAAACUAAUUGGUGAACAUGGUGCCAAGCCCGUAUCCCUCUCUGAAUCACACACACACACACACACACAUUAAUACACACCUUUUACAGGCCGAUCUCAUAUCAUGUACCGCACUCCAGACACACAUACAUAUGCACUCGUACAUGAAAUCCUCCUUCACCAUCCCAGUAAGUUUUAUGCCCUUCUUGUGUUCGUCACAUUUUUGAAAUAUUUGUGUGUACAGCAGUAUUUUAAUAAAGAGUAAUAAAAGAGAA